GUCAAACGUCUCGAUAUUUUAGUGCGGCAACGAUUUUCAUCGGCUUUUGACGUUUCGUUUCUUUGUUGAGUGCGGUUAAGUCUUAUUUGUGUAAACAUACAUAUUUAUGUAUGUUCGUUUGUAUAUUUACAUAUCAAUGGAUACAUGACAACGCGCAUAAAAAGCUCUUAAAAUGUUGAUCCAAAACUCCGUAACCAAGCGUAAGACGUUAAUAUUCGCGUUUUUCGGCAUCGCCUUGGGUCUAUGUAUUGGCACCGUACUCAAAAAUUAUCGCGCGUUGGAAAUUGUCAAGCGUUGCAGUAUGAAGCCAAGUGGACAGUUGAACCCUUUCGAAAUCAUCGGCAUGAAUCCCGAAGAAGAAACGAUUAAAACUUCUCAGCGUAAUCUUGUAUUUGUGGGUGUAAUGACAGCAAAAAAUUUUAUUGAGGGGCGCGCACGGGCCGUAUAUGAUACAUGGGGUAAGGAAGUGCCCGGUCGGAUAGCCUUCUUUAGUUCGGAGGGUUCACACUCUAAAGACUUGCCGGUAAUUGGUUUGAAAAAUGUUGAUGAUCGCUAUCCACCACAAAAAAAAUCAUUUAUGAUGCUCUACUAUAUGUAUGAACACUAUAUUGAUAAAUUUGAAUGGUUCAUACGAGCCGAUGAUGACGUCUACAUUGAGCCGGAGAAACUAGAACGUUUUCUACGAUCGAUCGAUAGUUCGAAACCGCAAUUUAUAGGACAAGCCGGCAAGGGCAACAGUGAGGAGUUUGGAUUGUUAUCACUGGAGUUUGAUGAAAACUUUUGUAUGGGUGGGCCGGGUGUGAUAUUGAGCAGUGAGACUUUGCGCAGAGUUGCGCCGCAUAUACCAACGUGCUUGAAGAACCUUUAUAGCACACAUGAAGAUGUGGAGGUCGGACGCUGCGUGCAAAAAUUUGCUGGUAUUCCAUGCACUUGGAACUAUGAGAUGCAGUAUAUUCUGAGACACAACUCGAGUGGACAGUAUGCAUUCACCGGAAAAUUGAAGCGCAAAGAGAUACACAAUGCCAUCUCCCUUCAUCCCAUCAAGCAAGCACCAUUGAUGUAUCGGCUACACUCAUUCGUGCAGGGCCUUAAAGCGGAGGAAAUAAGACAGGAGUCCCUGGAGCUACAUCGUGAUAUCAAGCGAAUGGGCAGCUUUCUAGAAAUACCUAGUGACAGCAAAUAUUUGGUGCCGGGUAUCGAGUUAAUACCUGAAAAAACGAAUAGUGAGCAACACUACGAAGACCACAAUAUUUUGGGUAUAACACCGGAUUUGAAUAAAUUCACACCAUCUUCGACAGCGGACCUACUCGAAUGGUCUUUCAUCGCGCGCAGCCUUUACGCGUGUGAGAAUGCAAAUCCGAAACACAAAAUCGACUCAGCAUUACGCGAGGGACUUGAGGACGUCAUAACGGAAGUCAUGGAGAAUAUUAACAAUUAUUCCCGACAAAGGGGCAGAGUUAUCGAGUUCCGUGAGCUUCUCUACGGUUACAAUCGCCUAAAUCCUUUGCAUGGUCAAGACUUAAUACUGGAUCUGUUACUGAUUUACAAGCGAUAUCGUGGGAAAAAAAUGACUGUACCAGUUCGCCGGCAUUUGUAUGUGCAACGUGCCUUUACCGGUACUUUCGUCAAAGAAUUUAACGAGGAUUUCUACAAUAAAACUCUACAAAAAAGUUAUCUGGAGCACAUGUUAGCUUCCGGCAUGGAACGUAUUUCAAAACAUUUUACACUUCCGGGCCUGCCAGUCGCAAAGAGGCUAUUUAGCACAACUGCUGAAAAGCCAAAAAUCGUGUUUGUAUUGCCCAUAGCGGGUCGUUAUGAUACAUUCCAUCGUUUCUUGAUUACUUUCGAACGUGUAGCAAUUGAGCAGGAUAAACAUAGCGACUUGUUGGUGGUAAUAUUUGGUGACACCGCAAGCAUUGAAAGACACCUACAGCUUUUAAUGGAGCUUCGUCAGCGUCACACAUACAAACAGAUAAACUGUAUACAACGUAAUGAGGAAUUCUCACGUGGUGUGGCACUGGAUGUUGCUGCACGAUCGUCGUACAUAGAAGAUAAUGACAUAAUGCUCUUCAUCGAUGUUGAUAUGGUAUUUCAAUUGGAAACAUUGCAGCGCAUUCGGCUCAAUACGAUACAAGGGCGGUACGUGUAUUUACCAAUUGUAUUCAGCCAGUAUGAUCCUAAAAGACGUUGGAGAGGUGAAAAUGUUGAAAAUGCACAUACACCAUAUGACGAAAUCACCAAUGAAUCGGGCUAUUUUAGACAAUUUGGUUAUGGUAUAUGUGCAAUCUAUAAGUCUGAUAUACUUGAUAAAGAUAUAAAUGGUUUUGAUAAAGAUAUCACUGGUUGGGGAUUGGAAGAUGUAAAGUUCUUAGAUAAAAUCGUUAAAGUCGGUAAUCGUCGAAAUGGUUAUCUAGUCAAUACUGCCGAGAUUCCUAUCCAGUACGAUGAAACAGUACAAAAAAUUAGACGGCUUAGUAUAUUUCGGGCACCUGAUCCCACUCUUGUACAUAUAUAUCAUGAAAUCAAUUGCGAUGUUAAGCUAGAUGCUCCACAAUACAACAUGUGCCUCGGAACAAAAGCAAACUCAAUGGGCAGCACAUCUUUUAUGGAGCAUUUAUUUUAUAAUAACAAAAAUAAUAUAGAUUUUACUUUAGAAUUCAAUCGAAGAAAGGAGCAGAGAUGAAAACGACUCAAUAAAAAUAUUUGGGCACAAAAGUCUAAGCUUUAACUAGACUUACAAUACAAGAAUCUAUAUCGUCGAUGAUGCCUACAAGGCAUAUUAGUAAGAAGCUCAUAUCUGGGAAGUAUGAAUCGAAAAUUUUUUUGUUCGCACUCAUCAAAUUUCCACUUUCUACUUUCCACACGGGAAAAAAAUCCAUUAAGAAAUAUGUAAUUGCACUUUGGCCUUUUGGGAAAUACUUGUACUAACUUUAUGCAGCGAACAAGAAAUUAAAUGUUUAAUAGCUUGAAAUCAUUGGACACUUAUUAUUGUUGCUAUGAAAUCUCACUUUACUACACUUCAUACAGGAUUUUUCAUUACAUACUCAUACAUAAUUUAGAUACACACAAAUAUUUGCCAAAAAAGUUGUAUGAAAUUUUAAUCACAUAUAUACAUAUAUGUAAAAGUAGUACAGGCAGAAAUAUAAUAUAUUAAUAUAUAUACUACUUAUAAGCCUAAAUAUUUUCUUUCGUUUUGUCUUGUGAUAGAAUCUAAAAUAAAGACAGCUUAAAAAUAAAA